UUGUAAAUCAUUGAUUUUUAGAGUUUUUGAGGUGUAGAUCCAGUUUUAGCAUGAUAGUGAGAUAAAAACCAUCUAGGAAACCGGAUGCCCUUUGAAAAUAUGUUAACUGUUUUCAGAAAUUCAACAUUGGUUCUAUUAAGUCACUUCACAGUAUAAAGUGUCACAGAUAAUGCCAAUAAAAAUAUUUAAAAAAAGUAUCUGUAUGUUUACUCUAAUGAGAAUUGAGUAUGGUAUUGACCUUUGAUGAUAGAUACCCAAGUAAAGAGCUGGCCAUAAGGCCUCAACUCGUUUGCCCAGCUUUUUACUAAAUGAGAAUUUCUUCGAACAAAAAGUUUGUUUUUUGAAAAGUUUUCCCAAUGUAUUUUAUAAAAAUCUAAUGACAUUUUAACUCUUACUGUGUGUUUAUACAAUCAGUGAAACCAAAAUAGGCGUAACCAGUUUUGAUCUAGAUAACGAAGUAUAAAAAAAAUAUCAAUACAAACUUUUAUGUAUACAUGUGAAUACAGACAGUUUUGACAAAAUGCGACAUCAUUGUUCAGCUAAUAACUGAAAGGGAAUCGAUAAUGUCAAUAAGGGAAGAUAACAAUGAUUAGCCCUUUAAUUAAAGACAACCCAAUCCCGAAAUCUUUUAUUACAACAAAAUGAAUAGACAGAGAAGAGGUUCAUGCCAAAAGUUUAAGUUAUUAGAUUUGAGAAGAUCAACAGCCAACGCAAGAGAGAGAAAUCGCAUGCACAGCCUUAACGCUGCACUUGAUAAAUUAAGGAGUCAUCUUCCAGUGGAUUUAGAAGAUCAGCAGAAGUUGUCAAAAAUAGAAACACUUCGUGUUGCCUGCAAUUACAUAAAAGUGCUCAGCGAAGCAAUUUUCACCCGUUCACCGAUCUGCCCAUUUUACCUAAAUAAAUACCUGAGCAGUGGACUGACCCAAGGGAGAGGAAAUCCGAAUAGGAAGUCCCUUAUGGACAAUGGUAAUAGAAGACAAAUUGUUUUUAAGGAAAAAAUCACCGAGGCGGGGCAAAAUUCUUCUUGUUGUCAUUGCCCUUCUGGGCAAACAGCUUUAAACAACAAUUAUGACAGUCAAAUAAAAAUUUUAGACUGUCGUUUUGUAGAAAAUCACUUGGCAAACCAUCAAUGUUUAGAUGUAAGCUGUUUAAAUUUCAAAUAA